AUGUGGCUGAUUGCCCUGUACGACCCUGUCUUCGAGGGCGUCAACGAGUACUUCUUCCCCCCUCAGUGGAUCUGCCUGUCCAUCUUCUUCAUGGAGAUCUUCACCGUCCUCGUACCCUGCUGGGAGGUCCUGCGGUACCAGAGUCUGCACAGGGAGACGCUCGACUGCCUCGCCAGGUGGGAGUCCAAGAACCGCGAGCGCGCCCGCAAGGAGGCCAAGUCGCUCAAGUCGUCUGGAGAGAGCACCAUCGUCGACACCGUCCUGACCGGGAAGAAGUCCGCCGCCGCCGCCGCCGCCGCCGCCUCCGCCUCCAGCGAGAGCAUCCUUACCAUGGGCGCGCUCGAGUACGUGCUGGAGCGCAACCCGAUGCCCUUGCAGCAGUACUCGGCGCUCCGCGACUUCUCCGGCGAGAACGUCGCCUUCCUGACCAGCGUGACCGAGUGGAAGGACUCGUUCCCGAGCUCGGUGCGGCGCUCGGGACACGCGGACCGCGACGACAACACGCGCGAGCUGGUCCGCGAGCGGUUCAACGGCGCGCUGCGCAUCUACGCGCAGUUCGUGAGAGCGCGCGACGCCGAGUUUCCGAUCAACAUCUCCUCGGCGCAGCAGCGGGCGCUCGAGGCCGUCUUCGAGGGCCCGACGCGGCUGCUGUACGGGGAGAAGCGCGCGCCGGACUCGGUGACGCCGUUUGGCGGCGGUGUCGACUGGGACAAGUCGUCGUCGUCGGUGGCGGCGGGCGCAGAGUCGGGGCCGGAAGGGUCACCGCCGGGGUCCGGGAUCGUGGUGGUCGGCGCGGAGGACCGGGCGCAGUACUGGGGCGAGGUCCCGGACGACUUCAACGAGACCAUCUUUGACGACGCGCACAAGAGCAUCAAGUACCUUGUGCUUACAAACACCUGGCCAAAAUUUGUGCGAGACUGGCGAGCGUCGAAUACUCCCGAUGAACAUGUAGAAACGGGCAAUGGCAUUCGGCGACUGGUUGGGAAGCUAUAG